UCAUACUGUUUUUAAUCUUACAUAGGGCUUUUAUUGAGUUUAUUUUCGUUUACCCUGGGUGUACAUCCUCGUUUAUUCAGGUGCCACCUCUUUCUGGGGAUAUUAAUGCCAGGGACAAUAUCCUAUUUACGUUUCUAACCCACUAAGUAGUGGUACUACUAGAUGUUUGACUGUCAUUUUUGGGGAAUGUUUGCAUUUCUUGUAGGCAGAAAAGGCAUUCAAGAAAGCAGUGAAGUCUAUCGAGAGAAUCCAGAAAAAGAGAAGAAAGAGUGAAGCACCUCAACAUGAAGAUGACGUAUUUGAACUGCUUUUCUCACACAUGGCGCUGAAUUUGUUUACUGAACCAGAUCAAGCCAUCGACAUUUUGAAGGAACUUAAAGCCUGCUUUGAAAGACAAAAAGCCAAGAAGGAAGAGGACAGUGAUGAGGAGCCCCACUGGGUGGAGGUGUUGACCGAAGUCUUACUGAGUCUGUUGACCAGACCCUCUAGUCUGUUCCGGCAUGUUGUUGACCAGGUAUUCACCAUACUCGCUCCACACUUGACGCGGAAUGCCCUCAUUAUGAUCUUAGAGAGUUUGGAUCCAAGAAAAGGAGCUCAGGGUGAAACGCUGGAAAUUGCUGAUGAAUCAGGUGACGAUGAAGAUGACGAGGAAAUCGAAGACGAUGAAGGCAAAGAAAAGGUAGAGUCCAAUGGUGCUAAUAAUGAAGAGGAUGAUAACGAUGAUGAUGAGGAAGGUAGCAGUUCAGAUGAUGAACAGGAAGACGCUGUUGGUGUAGUUGACGAGGCAUUCAGGGCGGAAGUACAAGCCGCUCUUGGUCCUGCUAUGGUUGACAUGGAAAAAGAGGAAAGCAGUAGUGAGGACGACUUUGAUGACGAAGCCAUGAUGAAACUUGAUGAUGCCCUCGCUGCAGUUUUCAAAACUCAGUUGCAAGCCAAAAAGGACAAAAACAAGAAAAAAGAUGGCAUGAAGAUCGUUCUUCAAUUUAAGUUAAGGGUACUAGAUAUAAUAGAGAUAUUCAUCAAGAAACAAGCUUCAAACCCCCUCGUUCUGGAACUGAUUGAUCCAUUACUGGAUGUGGCGUGGUCUUCUCUAAAUUCCAAGGGCUUUCACACGCUGGGUGAACGGGCCCAAGGACUCUUUCAAAGCAAGUUGUGUUCAUCGAAAGAGCUUCCCCCGACCACUCUUAUCAAGGCCAAAGACGUUCAUGGAAAAAUCGAUCAUUUGAUCCGGAAAGCCAUGACUGCUCCCUCUAUUGUGAUUGUGUCGCUAGUCACCCGAGGCUGCCUAUAUUUGGUACGUGUGCUAAGAGGUUCACAGGCUCAACAAUUAACUGGAAAAAGAAAAGGAAAAGUACAGGAAGGCGAGGAAACCCCGAAAGUGUCCCUGCUGAAUGCUAAAAGAGUAUCAGCGGCGUUCAAGGAGGCGCUUGAGGAUUUCAUGUUAAAGAGGAGCACACAUCUUCACCCAGUGCUCUUCACUGAACUAAUCGGUCGAUUUCCGCAUCUUGGCUGGUAUUUAGCCCCACACUUGGUGAAUUACCUGGAGACUGCAGUAAAUAGCUUCAGAAAGAGCCAGGCAUGUUUGAUGUUGAUGCAGCUGAUGUCACAAAAAACUCCUGAUCAUUCGACACACAUCAAGGUUAUUGCGUCUCCUUUACAAGCAACGUUGAACUCGUUGAUGACGAAGGGUGCUGAAUCUGAUUCAGAGAUGAAGGUGAAGCAUGUUCGAGAAAUACUGAAACUCACAACCAAGUUCAUCAAUGAAGUAAAACAUACAGAGGAGGUCUCAGCGUUAUUACGGACAGAUCAACUAAAGGAAGGAGUGACACUAAUCCGAGAGAGUGCGUUAGCUAAAAGGUCACCUGACAUUAAGAGUGUCUGUAACAUAAUACUGUCCAAUUUGUCAGGGACUGCUAGCCUAAAGGAACCAAAAAAUAAAAACUCUAAAAGAAAACGAGAAACAAAUGUACACAAAGAAGACGAAGGAACUCCAACAGAAAAUGUCGCAGAAUCUAACCAGCCAAAUGUUGGAAAAAGCAAGAAACGGAAAAAGAAAAACUGAGAAUUGAGAAUAACAGAUUCUCAUUUAAAAUUAAUUUUUAAAAUUAUUUCGAUAUACGAUGCACGCACACAACUUCAGGAAAUCUCAAAUAUCACAUUUCAAACUAAUCAAACCUUUCAUCAUUUCUGUCAAUUACUCACCUUGCUGCAUUGUUAGUAUCCCUCUUUCUACCACUCCCCUCCCCUCCGUACAUCCCGCGGCCAAAAUGUCCUUGAGAAAAUGUUCUCAUUCACCUAGUUUUGGGUUUCUCUGGUUACUAAGCCGCUAAUGGGCAGCUUUUUGUUGUCUCGAAUCCCCCGACUGAAACUUUAAACAAGAACUGCCCUGUUUAAGGGUUGUUUAAGGGUGCCCAGUAAAAAAAACUGUGUAUGAGAAACUUGAUUUUACCAAAUUACCCUGAAAAUAUAUGAUUUCUAUAUUUAUAUGGUACCUACUGGAAAAUACGUUAGCAAUUUCGUUCAUAAUUUGAAAACGUACUUGCUGUUGGUCUAACAAUUAGUGUGUGAGCGUGUGAUAACAUCUUUGUAUAAUUAUAAUGUCUAAAUAAUAAGACUACGGUUUGAAAGAAUGC